AGUCGCUUUAUCCUUCACUUCUUCGGAGAUCGGAGCAGGAGCGAAUAUCCAUGAUGCUGUCGUCCUGGACGCAGCUGAAAUGGAGGAUGGCCGCCGCCAUGGGCCGUUGUUGCGUUCUCAUUGGCUUGACGACGUCCACUCAUGCCUCCUUGCUCGAUCGGUGGCAUCCACUCUGCUGCUCACCUUCGUUCAAACGUGGACAACGCUCCAGCGGCCACAGCUCUUUCGCUUGAACCAGACUGAGACGCGAUCUAACAUAUUCACGCAUCGGCUACAUUGUCCGGGGCUGUCCAGCACCGACGUCAGUCCCCUCUUGCGAGCCACCUACAUUAUCUGUCCGGAUCAUGAGAAGCAUGAGAUGGGAUGCCACCAACUCCUGGAGCUCAAGUCUUACAAGGGCAUUGUUUCCUUUGACUUUGACUGGCACCCUCAGACGAGGAAAAUUAUGGCUGGAUUAUCUCUGUUGCUCACGGCCUUUUUGUUGCUCUUGUUGUCCGCGUUCAUCAAGAAUAUCGUGACUUACCUUCGUCGCCGAACGUUGAAGGACUUGCGGGGUCCCCCGUCUACUUCAUUCUGGCUUGGCAACGAGAAGGAUGUCCGCUAUCAGAAUGAAGAGGAAGACCUUACCCUCGCAGAUCCUAAGGCCAUGCAGCACAUCCUCCAUGUAUCAGGAUACAACUAUCCCAAACGCAAGGAUAUGAGGGCUCUAGUGAGGCUUAUCACAGGCGAUGGGAUCAUUUGGACAGAGGAACUACGGAAAAGGUCUAGCAUUCUUCGUCUCCCUCAUUCUAUGUCCCAUACGACGCUCGAUGUUAUCGGCGAAGCGGGCUUCAACUACAACUUCGACUUCAUUAGGAACAUGGCCAGGGAUAUCAUAGGGAAGGGCGAAGAGGCGGGGAAUCGGAAGGAUAUUAUCAGUAUUCUUCUGAGGGCGAAUCGCUCAGAGAACCCGAACACAAGGUUGACGGAUAUAGAGGUCGUGGACCAGAUUCAAAUCCGCGAAGAGAUCGCCGUCGCCAGGGCAGGGGCCACCGCUCGUGGUGAUAGUGACUUGAGCAUAGCCGACCUCGAAGGCCUCACUCUGCUUCAAGCCGCGCUGAAGGUAUCUUCGUCCCACCUGAGAAGCCGUGGUGACCUGGAAGGGUUACGUUUGCAUCCAAUCGCCGGUGCUUUGGUCCGCACGGCGGGUGGAGACGACGUGAUUCCGCUUGCAUACCCCAUCACUACGAAGUCUGGGGAGCAAAUCUCCGCGAUCCCCAUCAGUAAAGGGCAAAACAUACAACUCUCCAUCCAUGCCUACAACAGAUCACCGCAAGUAUGGGGAGACGAUGUAGAUAUAUUCAAGCCCGAACGCGUUCUUGAAAUGCAAACCAUACUCGCCGGUCUCCUCGAAAAUUUCCACUUCGCCCUGCCCGAUAACGCCAAGGAGAUGCAAAUUCUGCGCAAGCCUGCUGGGGUUAUGUUGCCGAUGGUAAAGGAUCAUUUGGAGCUGCCAGUGGGGUCAUGGAUGGGCUUGAAGGUGACGAUCACCAUGCCCUCUCUCCUCGACAUGCCCAACGAGCUCGUCUUGAUGAUCGCGGAAUCGUUCGAUUAUCGAAGCACCUUCAGCCGUCCGUCAGACGACAUCGUCGCUCUUUCUACUGUCUGUAAGAAAUUGCGCGAAAUUACAGCAUCGUUAUGGCGUCGAGUCUCGCGCCGCUUGUCAGUGCCGGCUUGCGAAGCCACCCUGGCAGAUUAUAGCCUCUGCCCCAAUGCUGCGACAGUGAUCGUUCAGGUCAAGAACGUCCACUCCAAUAUUGUCCUUAUUGCACGCGUCUCGCAGCCCAUAUCUUUAACCUCCAACGCGAACAGUUAUUAUAUAUUCCCCUACGGGGACUCUGGAUUUCACUUCCCCACCAUGAUGUGUCCAAACAACACCCAGGCACCGAUGUCGCGUGCAGAGACUUCCUCGUUGCCUGUGGAGCUCCUGGUAGUCGGGGACCGCUUUCCAUCUCGCAGACUUGAUGCGUAUCAUGAAAUCAUCCCUAAUCUGCGGAAGCUCUGCAGCAAUGGAGCGCGCAUGACGACAUUCCCAGGGAAAUGGAGGCAGUCGUUACACACGCUAAACCUGAAUAACUGGAAGCGCGUCUUUCAAUCUCUUGCUCAGUCUUUCCCUUGGCCUAAGGUCGACGGUUUUAAUCUCGACAUACCUGAAGAUGAUAUUCUCGCGACUUCUGGCUGUCGUGCUAUCCAUGUGGACUUCGAGCUUUGCCAAAUCUACCUUGGCUUUCUCAACAGUCCAGAUACAGUAUUUCGUUUACUUGCCCCCCGGCUACCACGAAUCAUGUCGCCAGUGAAGAAUUUAACCUUAUUUAUGGGGUGCCAACGUGGACACAUUCGUAGCAAGGUUGGGAUGUCACUUGUUAACGUGAUGGCUCUCGAAUCAAUAUUACCACAACUUCCAUGUCUCAUACAGCUGGAAAUAGACCUCGAUGGCUCUUCCUUGGUGAGAGCCAUCGCUCCAUUCCGUUUGAAGCAAUACACGAACUCGAUGGCAUCUGUGUCUCCGAAGCUACGAUGUAUCAGGAUGCACCUCUUCCUGGUGAAGCCAGACAAUAAACCGCUGGAACGUGGUAUGGGCUUCCUGUGUCUUUUCGGGAGGUUCGAGGUCCAACGACGCGAUGGAUGCGUUUCGGUCGAGGAAGUAUGUGCGGUUUGAUUGAGUAAAUUGCACCCCAUGCCAUAUUUCUUGCUUUUGUUUUCGUAGAUGGAGAUAGGAGAGAGUCUUCGCAUGGUGAGAGGUCUUGGGUGACUUACUGCGUACCAGCACUUCCUUCUUCGUCUUCUCGCCGCCACGCUUAUCCUCCUCGACGCCAGAGGCUCCGAAACUAUCUCCAUCCUACACAACACCCCCUCUAUCCUCUCCACCCUGUACAAAAGCAUCCGGACCAUUCGUACCGUCCUCGACCGCAUCGAUCUCAUUCUACACGCCACUAGCCCUACAGAAUUCUUCACCAUCAGUACCCCAGCCUCCCUGGCCUCCCUCGCCGCCGCCUCCUCUUCCCCCAGCACCCUCGCGCGCCCCACCGCCUCGCACCACGGACAGGGAAACCGCCCCCAUUCGAACCCCCCGUCCGUCCAGCCCCGAGAUGCGCUCAAGCUCGAUAUCGAAGUUGAGGACAGGUUGUGUCAGGGGUUCGUGGAUGAGUGUAUGAGGUGGGGGCUUUGGAUCGAUAGGGCGAAG